CUGUCUCUCUCUCUCUAAAUUCACAUUCAUUCUUUGCUUCUUCCUUUUAUAUCACGAGAUCCCCAUUUCUUUCUUUCUUUCCUUUCCUUUCUCUCUGUUAGAUGUCUUCUACAAAGAUUUUCCUUUCUUCUUCAAGCUCUGUCCUUCCUACAUUCACUUCAAGCUUCUCCUUUCACUCACAUUGCCAAUAAAAAAACCCAAAUACAAGAGAGAGGUGGGAGGGGGACGAGAAUUGGGGUAAACGCAUUUUUGGUGAAAGGAAAAGGAAGCGAAAUGUCGCAUCUUGGAAAGCCUGUAACGGAGUUAGGGGGUUUAGAGAAACUCGCCGAUCAACUCCUUGACUCACUGAGUUACGAUGUUAACAAGCCCGAUUUCCGUGAACUCGAUCUGGGUUCACCCGUGUCGCCGCUCCGAACUCGGCAACAAGGCCUCACGACGACAACGACGAGUUCGAGCUCCAGCUCAUCCGGAUCCGUUUCGGGUCGAAACGGAUCCAACGCGAUUUCUAGAAGAUCCGAAUCGGGUCCGAAUACUCACUCGGGGGAACUUUCCGGGUCAAGCGAAACAAGCCCGACAGCUUCGACCCGUAAUAUAAAACUGGGUCAGACAAGAUCCGAACCCAACACAACCCCAACCCACCCGCUGAUCUAUUCAGGUCAAAGCUCCGUCAACUCGCCACCAGUCAACGUUCUUCCGACGGGAAAUAUAUGCCCUUCAGGGAAAAUCCUAAAAAGUGGUAUGGCAGUUAACCGGAGCUCCAGGACCGACGUUUUAGGUUCCGGGUCGGGUAAUUAUGGCCACGGCAGCAUAAUGCGGGGCGGUGGAGUGGCAACUGGAGUCGUUACUGCCUCCAAAGGCGGCGUCUUUGAACACAGUAACCCCCUGGUAAGCCGGGGGAAUGGAAGUGAUUUAUUGAGGAAAGCAAUGAGGAGUUCCGAACCCGAGGAAGUUAAAAGAGUUGGGAAUGAGAUGUAUAAAAAAGGUCAUUUUUUAGAGGCUUUGAGUUUGUACGAUAAGGCUAUAGCUAUGUCUCCAGGGAAUGCAGCUUACCGGAGUAACAGGGCGGCUGCAUUGACGGCGUUAGGCAGAGUAGGAGAGGCGGUGAAGGAGUGUGAGGAAGCAGUUAGAUUGGAUCCUAAUUAUUGGAGGGCUCAUCAGAGAUUGUCUUCAUUAUUGUUAAGGUUAGGGCAGGUUGAGAAUGCUAGGAAGCACCUAUGUUUUCCUGGGCAACCACAAGAUCCAACUGAGAUGCAGAAGUUGCAGGCAGUGGAAAAGCAUCUUAGCAGGUGUACAGUUGCCCGGAGAAUUAGAGACUGGAACAGUGCAUUAUGGGAAACUGAUGCUGCCAUUGCCGCUGGAGCAGACUUUUCUCCUCAGCUUUUUAUGUGUAGAGUGGAAGCCCUUUUGAAACUCCACCAACUUGAGGAUGCUGAAUCAAGCCUUUCAAUUGUUCCUAAAUUAGACUCAUGCACCAACUAUUCCUCACAGACUAGGUUCUUUGGGAUGCUUUCUGAAGCGUAUCUCUUCUUUGUGCGAGCACAAAUUGAGAUGGCACUUGGAAGGUUUCAGAAUGCAGUUACAGCUGCUGAGAAGGCUGGACAGAUUGAUCCUCGAAAUGUUGAAGUUGCUGUACUGCUUAACAAUGUGAGGUUGGUUGCAAGAGCACGAACACGUGGGAAUGAUCUUUUCAAAUCUGAAAGGUUCACUGAGGCCUGCUUAGCAUAUGGGGAUGGUCUCAGGAUUGAUCCAUCAAAUUCUGUUCUUUAUUGUAACAGAGCUGCUUGUUGGUUUAAGCUUGGGCAGUGGGAGCGUUCUGUUGAAGACUGCGACCAAGCUUUAAGCAUCCUACCUAACUACAUAAAGGCCCUUCUUCGAAGGGCAGCAUCCAAUAGCAAGUUAGAGAGAUGGGCUGAUGCUGUGCGAGAUUAUGAAGUUUUGAGAAGGGAACUUCCGGAUGAUAAUGAAGUUGCUGAAUCUCUAUUUCAUUCACAAGUUGCAUUGAAGAAAUCUCGCGGUGAAGAAGUUUAUAAUAUGAAGUUUGGUGGUGAAGUAGAGGAGGUAUCCAGUCUUGAGCAGUUCAGAGCUGCGAUAUCUCUGCCAGGCAUCUCUGUAGUCCAUUUUAAGAUGGCUUCCAACACGCAAUGCAAGCAGAUAUCUCCAUUUGUGGAUGUACUAUGUGGACGUUACCCCUCCAUAAAUUUUCUUAAGGUGGACAUUGAUGAGAGUCCAGCAGUUGCCAAUGCUGAGAAUGUGAGGAUUGUACCAACGUUCAAGAUAUACAAAAAUGGUAGCCGGGUGAAGGAAAUUGUGUGCCCAAGUCGAGAAAUGCUGGAACACUCGGUGAGGCAUUACAGCUUUUAGAACUCAUCACUGUACUGUAUUCCUGCUCCACCCUUUUUUUGUUUACUUGCCUUCCAAAUGUCCAUUUUGUUGGGAACUUUUCCACCCCCCUCCCAAUCUUUCUUCCCACCACAUAAAGAUUACCAGAUACCUUUGACAUAAACCAGAGCUACAUAAUAUCACAACCAAUGCCAGAGGAACCCAGAGAAAUUAGCUUUAGUUCCAUUUUUGCAGUUGUUAUUUAUUCAUUCAUUCCUCAUUGCUCUAGGGUUCCCUGUUCUUCCUCCCUUCACCUUUUUGUUAAUUUUUUCUCCCUUUUCCAUUUUCAAGUAGGCCAGCCUGGUUCUUGUAUCACUACUUUCAUUUAGUGGAAAAAACAAAAAGAAUUGAGAAAUAUGUGUACAAUUUAAUUAAAGUGGAUAAUUAGUUUACAUUUUGGAGAUACAGCGAAAGGACUGGCAGGCAGGCUGGCUGGUAGUGGAGGAUCUGUACAUGUUUAUGUGAUGAUAUAUACAAAACAUUGGAAGCCACGAGGGAGACUGGAUGUCUGUUGGUACUUAGUUACUAGGUUAGUGAAAGAAGGAUGAAAUAUGUUGUCAUUAAUACUGUUGUUUCUUUUUUUUUUUUUAUCCUCAACCAUUCCAUAAAUAAAAAAAUUCCCAUUUUUUUCUUCUCUUUCUCUAUGCAACUCUAUUAUUUGAUAAAUUUCAAUUUCACAAGGGCCACUUGUGUCAAUUCUCUGAUCUGUUAGGCACAGGGGUCGAUGAAAAAAAGUACAUUUGUUUAUAAAUGAAGGUUGGUUUUUCUUAUUAAGUAGUGGAGUGGGUGGUUGACAUUAUUCAUUGCUUUCUUCCUCUGAAAUUCAACUGUUGCCCUCUGGUGAUAGGUGAGAGACAGAUUGGCCUAGGAACCAAAAACCCCCCACGUCCCACUAUUUGUUUCUUUAGUCAUUAAUGGACUAUUAUUUUUAGUUUUAGUGCAAUUAAUGCUUGUUAUCUAUUCCAUUAUUAGGAGAUUUGAUAUUAUUAUUUGUUUGCAAGUUAAGUUGUUGUUUACCUUUGUCAUGUGGGGACUAGAAAGGGAGAGGAGAGCCCCUCCCCUCCCUUGAGAGAAUGGUUUUUUUUGGGGGGCAUUCACAUGUGUGGGCACUUAAAGUGUUUUGCUGCCUCUAAGACCUAACCAAAAAGGGUCCAAAAGGUGCAAAAUGGUCGGUGCCAAUGUGAGCCGGGUACCCUUGUCCAUGACUGACAAAGCAACUCAAGCCCUUCCUUUGGGGGGGUUGAACCCUUGGGCCAUGUGUUGUGCUGUGGCAAUUAAUGCUGUCUUAGGGAAGAGAGAUGGAAAAUUCUUUGAUUUGUAGAUGACAAUAUUGUCUUUUUCUAUUUAUUUGUGAGUAUCAUAUUUAUCUUUUUCAGUGAGCAAGAGAAGCUAUCAAAAGCGAAGCCAAGUAGCUAGUUCCAAAUUUACAGGUUGUUCAAAGAUUCCCCAUUCAGAAACUUUGCAAUAUCAGCAUUUGAGAAAAAAAUAAUAAUAAAAGCUUGAUGCGUUAGGUUUCUAAGCCUUUGUCACCCAUUGUCUUUUUCCCUAUAUUUGAUUAGAUAUCAGCAUUCAACAAAGCACCUGAAACAAGUAUUGAAAGCCAUUAUCAAAUCUACUACGAGCUUAUUGAGUUAGGUUUUGGAGAAUAUUUCUUUGGCAUAUCCUUUUCUUGUUUUUUUUAAUCUUUUUUAGAGAACACUCCAGAUCGAAACCAUGGCGACCAUGGUGGUUUCUGCGUGUUUGUAUGCAUGAGUAUUCCGCGAGAUAUUAUUACUUAAAUUUAUGCAUUAUUUUGAUGCACAU